AUGAAAGAUUUAGACCAACUUCACUUUAAAACCAAUGUCAGAGACCAUUUUAUUGCUGCAGCUACUCAUUUACUUAAUAAAACUAUAAUCGCAUCAAGUGCAACUACAAAACAUUUUAAAUGCUUAAAGCCAGAAGAGCGCAAGGAAGAAAAAAGUAUUCGUAGCAUAAUAAAAGUUGCUCGAUUAUUACCUCUCAAAAUAUCUGAAACAGCAUUAUCUGACGAAUGGUUGCUACUUCAACUUGACUCAAAUUUAAUUACAACAUCAAACAACUCGUCACGUAUUGAUUGUUAUUGGAACAACAUAUUUAACAUAAAAAAUGCUAUUAAUGAAUGUAAAUAUCCUCUUAUAACUAAAGUCGUUAAAGCUGUCCUUUCUCUUUCUCAUGGAAGUGCAUCAGUAGAGCGAGGGUUUUCCAUAUCUGGACAAAUUAUUACUCCUGAUAAAGUCAGAAUGAAAGUCAAAACACUUAACGCUAAACUUAAUAUAAAAAGUGCUCUAAGAGCUUAUGGUGGAAAGGCUGAACUAAUUCCAAUCACUAGAGAACUUUUAACUGAAGCACAUUUUGCAUACAGAAAGUAUAAAAGUAAUUUAGAAGAAGAAAAACGUACGGCAGAAAGAAAAGAAAUUGAAAAAAAAGAUAUAGAAGAAGAAAAGAAAAGAAACCAAUUAUUAAACGAACAACUUGUUAAAUCACAAAAAGAUAUUAAGAUAUUAGAAGAUAAAUACAAAGAAGCCAAGAAAAAUGAAGUUUCUCAGAAGAAUGUGGCUGAAAAAAUGAUUGAAGAAGCUAAUUUAAGAUUAAAGAAUGCUGUAAAGAAAAAAGAGUUCAAUGAAAUACAGAUAGCACAGGCUAUGUUAGAAGGAGCCCAAACUCUUCACAAAGAAUAUAAACUGAAGGAAGAAGCUUCUGCAGUUAUUAAAAAAAAAUUGAAAAAAGGAAAAACAACCUUAUUUCCUCGUUUAUCGAAAAAAAACAACGCAAAGAUUAAAAUUUAUUUCGUUUUCAGUUAUUUUUAUUUGUUUGUUACAUUACUAUAA